AUGGAUAAUAAUCAAACUCCAGAUUCACGUCAUAUUAAAAUAAACGAAACUUUGGAUAUUUUAAGAGGAGGAAAAACAAUUAAUAUCAUAAAGAAAACUACAGCGUUUAUUAAAAAUUCAAAUAUGGUAACUGGUUCCAUGGUUAACCACGAAUCUUGGGAAAAUGUGGUACAAGCUGCACCGGUGAUGGCUGUUCUUUUAAACCAAACUUUACCCGUAAUACUUCAAAAGACUGUUGAUAGUCAGAAUAGUACUUUAAAAACAAAACCCUCUGAAAAAUACAAAGUUUUACGAAAGAAACGAUACAUACAACCUUUAGAAAUUAAAAACGCUGUACCUCGCCUUUUGACUUCUCCUAAAGACUCAUAUACCAGUUAUAAUAAAAAUGUCGAAACAUUUGAAAAUGUACAGGAUAUAUCUCAUUUGGUAGAAUUAAAGGAUGAUGAGCUCGAAAAAAUGAGGUUAAUUAUGACACCGGCACGCAUAUUGAAAAAUAAAGAGACAAACUGCCCACCAGCUCAUCUAGAGUGUCAAAUCUCUGGUGCACGGGUAUGCAUUGACUCUAUGAGUGCUUGUGAUGGAAUUCCCAACUGCGGAGCAUACGAUAUUUAUGAUGAAGACCGUCUUAUGUGCGAGAUGGGAGUUGGUUUUAAACACAACGUAUACCUCGCUGCGACCACUUUUCUUGUUGUUCUGCUUAUUGCACUUUACUCUGCACAUUACUGGUUGAAACGCUGCGUGCCUGGAGUUUCUGAAGCCUUCUUCGUAUACUCCGAUAGAUCUGAAAAUAUG